GGCCAACAUUAGGUUGAGUUUGCACUGUGAAGACUGCUGCAGUGAAAAUGGCAGUUCAGAGCGAUGUCCCUUCAGAUUCUGGACCAUGUGUGAUUGACAAACCGUAUAAAUGUGAGAUGUUUUGGGAGAGAUUUCACCACAGACAGGAACCACUGACCCGUACCGUCUACAGUUCACUCAGACUGAGUUGUGCGGAGGAUGUGUUGGAGCCACUUCACCUGGAACCAAAGAAACUCAUCAUGAAUUAUCUGCGACAAGUAGACAAGGCACCGAAUGAGAAGAUCUCCGAAGUUGAUGACAAUCUUGUUCACGAAACCCCUCCACAUUCUUCGCAGGAAAAUGAGAAGUUGGUACCAAAGUGGUCCUGGUCGUGGAAAAGACAGGACACGGUUCUUCGAAAGCACUUAUGCCGCACAAGGCAGCACAUUCUUGCAGUGAAGCAGGGUCGUAGCUACUUUCACCUCCUCCAGAAGGAGGAGCAGGAAGCGCAGGAGGAGCAGCAAAGAGAAAGACAGAGGAGGGAGGAAUUGAGACGUACCAAACUACGACCUCCUACUCUCUCUGAUUCAGAUGACGACAGUGAUACUGAGAGGUGGUGUGAUGUUGUGGCAACAUGGAAACCCAACAGGAGGAAAAUGCGGGCUGCUCGUCCAUUUACCCCCAUCCACAGAUCAUUGAUUUCAACACCUCCUCACCUACUACCAGGCGAGUGUGUAUAUCGUCAGUUGUGCUGUCUGAAUUGGCUGCUGGAGGCAUUGACUCUAGAACGUUCUGGAAGAGUUGGACCUGUUACUUCCUGUUGGGAUGUCAGGGACCCUGGAACGAGCAGAACCACGAUAAAGAGGCUGAAUAAGGAAAAGGCAAUAGAGGCCAAGUGGGAGCAGUUUAUCGCCCCGCCGAAGGUUUUCUCCUCCAAAUCGGCUCUUUCACGCUGGAAUACACGUCAUCUCACAUCCAGGCCAUUGCGUGUAUCUUCGGGGAGACAUCAGACCUGGAAGACCUCCGCUCUCAGUGUGGUUUCCUCUUCAGUAGCGGGUUCAUCAGUGGGCAGCUUGUUGUCUUUGGCACCGGCUCUAGAUCACACCUGUGAUGAGCCUGUUUUCACCAAGGGCAUCGAGACUCUGAGCGGGCGAGAAUCCGAUUCUGAUCCUUCAUCAUCAGAAUAUCUCCAGAAGUUCCUUCAAGAAAUGUACCAGAGUGUUCUUAAAACCUGCUGCAGAUCUGAUAAACAACUCACAUCUGCUCCAGACAGCGAUAUGUCAGUCAAAGUCCAACCUGAGAGCGAGACACAGCAAAACACAGCUGCAGAAAAGACAGAGUUUCAAAGAGUGAAGAGUUCCCCUGCUACUAACCAACUCAUCCACAAGACAGAAGCCAUGUUGGGUGGGAAGAAGGCAUCUUUUGCAGACAAAGCAGAAGAGUUAACAUUUAAUUUAUCUGAUGCUCUGGACCGCUGUGCCAAGAAAAGAUGGGAAUUUGGUGUCCAGAGAUACCGGUCUCUUUGUAACAUGCUGUCCCGUGGACAAAUCCGUUCUGCUGUGACCUCCAAAACCUCUGUGGUCUCUCCAAGAGUGCCAGACUCAAAGAUCCCUGACAACACUGAGGAUCCAUACAGCACUCAGUGGCUCUCAGCGUUGCUCAGUAAUCUGGCCCCCGUCAAACACUCAGACAGAAGGGUGGCAUGCUUGUUGGAGAAACUGAAUCGAUUUACAGAAAGUCAAACGCUGCAACUUCACCCACACAAUUUCCUGAGGAUGUUAAACUCCCUCCAGCCGUGGGAGCUCUGCUGUCCCGAUCUCUGUGUGGCUAUAGAGAUAGUGAGGCUGAAUGUGGUAAAGAUGCCCAAAGCAGAGUACGACUCAUGGUUAUACAGCAGAGUCAGCCAAUCACAGACCACCAAGAGUGCAACACACAACCUCACAAUGCCAGUUCGGUUACUAUAAAUACCAGCGAAGCCAUUUUGCAUGUGUGCGAUCUUCACAAUGCUCUGGGAACCAUGCUCGUAAAUCAGACGUCCCCACGGUGAAUUGUGUCUUUGAUGGGGCCCUGCUGACGUUAUCCUCUAAUGAAGAAAAGAGAUGAUGAGGAGGCCCUACUUUUGCGUCUGUAACUCACAAAACUGGAGUGUAUUAUUACAUAAAGCAAUUAAGAGGCCCCUGAACACCCACAGAUGGAAAUGUUUUCUCCCACUGAGAGGAUGUUACAGCCGGACAAUGUUGCAUGUGUGAGAGGAUGUCAGCGAUUUGUGUUUUAAUUCGCACCCCACAAUGCUUACUUGAAGCCAUAAAUAAUCCAUUUAUUAAAUUCACACCAACUCUUAAGAAGUGUACCUAUAUAAAGGAAAAUACAGAAAAAGUUUAUUUUAGGUUUAUACACUGUUGAAAAAAAAGAUGAGAUGCUGGUUUGUGCUGGUCCUUUGCUGGUUAAUGCUGGUCCUUAUUUUUCAAUGCGGAAUUAAGCCGUUUUCUGUGAACGUGCGAGACUUCCAGUUCAUUAGCCCCUGUAGGGAAAUAGCGAUUAGAAUAACAAAGUGCAGUAAACGGUAAAACAGUUUGCACUACAAACCACUGUUAAGAUAAUACAUUAAAAUCAUAUUGUAAGACACACGCUUUUGCAAUAUCAAGCAGCAAAACAAGCUUUUUGUAGCCAUACAGCUAAAAAUAGCUGGAAGCAGAUGAGACCGGAAGCCUCGCAUGUAAAAUUUACAAAUGGCCGCGCCCGCUCUUAUGGGGAAAAUAAGAUGCAUAGCAAAACCUCCCUCACAGAAAGUUUUCGUAUUCACAGGUGAUCGGCCUGUAGCAUCUAGAAUAAAACAUGUUGUUCCGCAAACACACCACCAGAGAGCAGAGUUGCAUUGAAUUAAGGCUAUUUUUGCACGUUUAUCCUCUCCAUUUCUGUUUCAUACACACACAAAACAAAAACAAUUACGAAUGGAGAAAUGCUGUAAUUGUUUGUGUUUCAUAUGCUGCACCUACACUAAAAUGAAUCACAAACAGUUACAGCAUUUCUCCAUUUGUAAGUGUUUACGCACAGCGUUUCAGUUUCUUUCUAAGUUUAAUGUUUUUGAUAUUCGUAACCUCUAACAUUCAAGGGCUGAGGCAGGGAUUCAUUUAUGUCAGAGUGUUUCUUCAAUUUUAGGCAGUUGUAUGGGUCAGUGGCUGAAUUUUUAUUGAAAUUUUUAUUAUGGAAACAUUUACCCUGUCUGAAUCAUUUAUGCUUGCUUUUCAAAUGCAUUUGAUAUAUUUGAUAUUUGA